UCGCACCACUACCCAAACCUCCUCCAUCAUCAUGCCUUCCCUGCCCGCCGUGCCUGAAGAAGUCACCGCCAUGUUCUCCAACCUCUCCUCCAGCCUCGAUGUCUUCAAGGGCCAGCUGAACGAGGCUUUUACGUCCCUUGACCUGACGACCGUCGCGGCGAUUCUCCUGGUGAUCGCUGGGGCCAUCCUGAUGUACGACCUCCUGGUGUACGCCCUGGCCUCCACCUCCACCAGGAGGUCCCUCAUGAUGACGCCUCACAUCGCCCAGCUCGCCAGCAACGCCUGGGACAUGAGGGACGAGCUUGGGUUCUCCAACCUGAUCGAAUCUAGAUCCUUGGAGACGGUCUCACCCAUCCUGGAAGCCAUCCUUCAGGCCGUGGAGAAGUAUGAGAAGCAGGAGUGAAGACUUUGUUUUCUCCAGGUGUCAUGUCCAGAUGGCACCCAGGCCUCACUUGUCUUCAAUAAGGCAAGAAAUCAUUUCUGUCCAUAAGGCACCGAGACAUUUUCUCUCUUCACAAGACAAAAUAAAAAGGCAUCUUCUCUGACUAGAAGACAUCCAGGUAUCAUCUUUCUUCAGAAAACAACGUAGCAUAAUUUUUUCAUAAGGCAUCCAGUAUCAUCUUUCUCCGGAAGGAAUCCAGCAUCCUCUCUUCAGAAUGCGCCUAGGCAUCUUUUGUCUCCAUAUGGUAUCAUCUCUUCUGAAGGUAUCGAAGCAUUAUCUCUCUCCACAAGGCAUUCGGCAUCAUCUCUCUCCAGUACCACAAGACAUCCGGCUUCAUCUCUCUCCAGUACCACAAGACAUCCGGCGUCAUCCCUCUCCAGUACCACAAGGCAUCCGGCAUCAUCCCUCUCCAGUACCACAAGGCAUUCGGCAUCAUCCCUCUCCAGUACCACAAGGCAUCCGGCAUCAUCCCUCUCCAGUACCACAAGGCAUCCGGCAUCAUCCCUUUCUAGUACCCCAAGACAUCCGGCUUCAUCUCUCUCCAGUACCACAAGGCAUCUGGCAUCAUCCCUCUCCAGUACCACAAGACAUCCGGCGUCAUCCCUCUCCAGUUCCACAAGGCAUCCGGCAUCAUCCCUCUCCAGUACCACAAGGCAUCCGGCAUCAUCUCUCUCCAGUAGAGUCUCUGGUCUAUCGUCAUCAGUACGGGCUUCUCUCGAUUUAAUUCUUAAAUACAUUUUCGGUCAGAUAUGAUGCCCAGUGAAAUUCAGUUAUAAAUCCUCUUUUAGUAUAAACAUUAUCCAGCUUAUGUCCGCGAAAAGAUAAAUUUAACCUGGAUUUUAACUCUCUCAAAUAAUGUUUCUAUUUCUUAAACAUAUAUAAAAUAAAUAGGGUAAUUCUUUUAAGAAAUUUAAAAGAGCUUGUCUAUAGAACAUUUUUCUUUAAGGUUUUGUUUCCUGACUAUGACAGACGUCUCCUCGCAGGCCGAAGGAUCUUCUUGACUGUCUCUUCUUUGAUCAUUCUUCUCCUCCAACGAACAGCUAAAUUCCUCGUCUAUAUUUUUGGUUCUCUGUUUUUUGAGGUUAUUCAGAUUUUCUCUAAAACUUUACGUAAUUUAUAACUCAUGUUUGUUUUGGAUAUUAGAUUAAUUUAUAAUUUGUAUUUAUAUCUUGUUUAAUAAAUGUAUUGAAAGAU